AUGAACUCAGCAUAUGCAAGUUCACUUUCUCGUCGGGAGACCUGGCGUCUCUUGGUACUGGCGGGAGCAGGUAUUGGAAUCAUCGUGAAUAGUCUUCAAGGUGACGGCGCACCUCUAAUCGCAUCCAUUGCUUUUAGCGCAGUUGCUUUUGCAUUGACGUUCAGUCUAAUUCGAUGGCUGGGACCGGUUUUCAUGAGAGCUGGCCUAAAGGGAAAGGACAUGGCGAAGCCAAGAAGACCUGAAAUACCGGAGACGAUGGGGGCUGUUUGCGCAGUUGUGUAUCUUCUGGCGCUCAUCUUCUUCAUUCCCUUUGCCUUUUAUAAGGACAUCGUUGCAGCUACUUCAGGUGGUGGUAACCGAGAUGUAGUGCUUGAGAUUGCUCAUGUCGAGAAUGGUCGCUUUCUCCAUCGCUUUCCACACUCCAAGCUUGCGUCUUAUCUGUCGGGGCUCCUCUCGUUGCAAUGUAUUGUCAUACUAGGAAUUGGGGAUGAUCUGCUCGAUAUACGCUGGAGACACAAAGUCCUCAUUCCUGCAUUCGGUGCAAUCCCAAUGCUCAUUGUUUACUUUGUGGACUUCGGGGUUACGCAUGUUGUCGUGCCGGUGCCCCUGCAGCCGUAUUUGGGCACUUUCGUGGACUUGGGAUGGCUGUACUAUGUGUACAUGGCCGCUAUUGCCAUAUUUUGUCCCAACGCCAUCAACAUGCUGGCGGGGAUCAACGGAGUGGAAGUUGCACAAUCACUCGUAAUUGCGGUGCUACUGGUUGCGAAUGACCUGUUAUACAUUGCCCCUACAACGCCAUUCCCGCACCCGGCUACCGACUCGCAUCUAUUUUCUUUAUACUUCCUGCUCCCUUUCAUCGGGGUUUCAGUGGCCUUGCUGUGCCACAACUGGUAUCCAUCGAAGGUGUUUGUGGGCGAUACCUACUGCUACUUUGCGGGGAUGGUGUUUGCCGUGGUGGGGAUUCUCGGCCAUUUCAGCAAAACCCUCCUGCUGCUCUUCAUUCCACAGAUCUUCAACUUUCUGUAUUCGACUCCGCAGCUCUUCCACAUCAUCCCUUGUCCCCGUCACCGCCUCCCCAAGUUCAACGCCAUGAGCGGGUUGUUGGACGCAUCCGUGACUGAGUGGACCGUGCCUCCCGGCCCAUUGGUAGCCACUGGCCUAGAGAUCCUGCACAGGAUGCGGCUGAUUCGCAUUACAAAGAACGAGGAGGGUGAGAUCGUCGAGUCGACCAAUCUGACGAUCCUGAAUUUGUGGCUCAUUUGGAUGGGUCCGAUGCGGGAGGAUCGUUUGGCGUGGCACAUGGUCAUGGUUCAGACCGCCUGUGGGGCCCUGGGCUUGUUCGUACGACAUCGUCUGGCGUUGUUGGUGUUUCAGCAAGAUAAUAGAGCAUUUCGAUACGGCGUAUAG